AUGAAGACGUUACCUUGGUUGCUGGGCGGCGACAAGAAGGAAGAAGCCGAACGAUCGUCCCGAGGCAGCAGAGGAGGCCCGGAGAGUGACGAUGACUAUGAAGACACUCCUGAGCGGAACGAGGGGGGAGAGGAUGAAGUGAGCUUUGCAUUCCACCCGUUCGGGGGCACAGAGGCGGACGACGUGAUGGCAAGAGUCGCUAUGAGGCUGAAUGGGAGGAGCACAGAGGCGGACGAUGCGAUGGAGCUGCAGAGCCAACUGGUGGAGAAGCAGGGCGAGCUGAAACGACCCAAGGCGGAAUACGAAGGCUUGCAGGUGAGUGUGGGUGGUUCUUCCUGA